AUGGCCUCGUUGCUUCAGGACAUCGAGCCGAAACAAAUCAAUCAUGGCCGAGCCAACGGGGGUCCUUCACUCGUUCAGGACCCCGAGAUGGUGACCAACUCAGACGAUCCUUCCAAUAAUGUUCUAGAUACAACUCUCAUUUCAACUAACGGCGACUCGUCGGCUUCGGAGAAGCGACAGUCGACCGAUUCAAGCAACACACUCAUUACCGAAAUCCAUCGAACCGUUUCCCUCAUUCACGUCUUUCGGCCUGAUGGCACGCCCGUUGAAAUCAAAACCGUUUAUUCCCCUCUCACCACUGUUCUCGUCGAUCCCACGACCGGUGCCAUCGUCGAAUCUAUUACGGACAAUGCAGGCGCUGCCGCGGUAGAGCCUGUCGUCCCCACCCCACCCCUAGUUACCAACCUGCCAAAUUCUGGCGACCUCACAUCACCAGGCGACGAAAGUAUCCUCCCCGUCGACCCCGAUCUCCUUAAUUCCCUGUCGGAUCCGUUCUCCGAGACCGAUGUCACCUCUGGCACCCCCACAGUGUCCUCAUUUACGCUGAUGCCUACAGGCUAUUUCAACGAAGAGGGGCCGGCUGUUAACGACGCAAAUUCCACCAAUGAUGGGCCCACGCCGACCAGCACCGUUGUUGGUAGCGUUGUUGGUAGCGUCGCUGGUGCGGCCUUCAUCAUCUUCGCAAUCAUGGCCCUCCUGCGCUGGAGGAAGAGGCAAUCCGGACGACUGCGACUGGUAGACGAGCCCGGUUCGGGCACUCGUGGCCUGGUUACCGACGGUGGCAACGGCGAUGGCGGAACUGGUGGAGGCGGAAUGAUGCAGCAUAUGAAUCCGUUCGCCGCCCCCGCCGUGCUCUCAACGCUGUCAAGCUACAAGGCUGCCGCGGGCACGUCCAAGUCCAAGUCUCAAAACACUGGAUUCCACCGCAUCUCAGGAAAGAAGCUUCCCUCGGUUCUACAGUACGGCGGCGAUGGAUUUACGGACCCUCGGGCGAGCACCAUGAGCGGUGCUUCAUCGAUGUACCACGAUCAACCUCCCCUAGUAGAUGUGGACGGGAGCGGCGCGCCGAUCCUCGCGCUCGGAAAUCCCAUGAGGCCGGUGAGCGGCGUUGUCAUGAUGAGAUCGAGCCCCGCUCGGACACCUGUCACCGAGCAAAACCCCUUCAUGGAUCCGGCCCGAGAUCCUUUCGCGGACCCCCGCCCUCCGCCUGCCCCUCCGACCCGUACACUCCGGCCCGACGCCGUGGGUCGAUCUCUCACAGCGCAAGACCUUUCGCGUGGGUCAUCUUCGCGCUUUAUGGAAGACGUGUGA